AGAGGGGGGGUGCGUAUAGAAUGAGCCUUUCUUAAUUAUCACUUUGCACAUCGGUUUCACCACCACCACCUCGCCAUCCGUACCACCACCACCACCACCCACUCUCCUCUUCACCCUACACCGAUUCUUUCGAAAAAUUAUUUCUGGGUCUUAUCAUUUAACGUUCCUGUCAAUUUAUUGUACAAGAAAACCAUCGAAAAAAAAGGGAAGAAAGGAUGAGCUCGGGUCCAGAUGUCUCCGGCGCUAAUGGCAACAUCGAUGAAUAUAUCUCUCAGCUCAUGCAAUGCAAACCCUUAUCAGAACAAGAGGUUAGGGUGUUGUGUGAGAAGGCUAAGGAGAUCUUGAUGGUGGAAAGCAACGUACAGCCGGUUAAAAGCCCCGUGACAAUCUGUGGUGAUAUUCAUGGCCAGUUCCAUGAUCUUGCAGAGCUAUUUCGAAUCGGAGGGAAGUGUCCGGAUACAAAUUAUUUAUUUAUGGGAGAUUAUGUUGAUCGUGGUUAUUACUCGGUUGAAACUGUAACCUUAUUGGUGGCCCUCAAAGUGCGGUAUCCACAGCGUAUCACUAUAUUAAGAGGAAACCAUGAAAGUCGCCAGAUAACUCAAGUUUAUGGGUUUUAUGAUGAAUGCCUACGAAAAUAUGGUAAUGCUAGUGUGUGGAAGACUUUUACGGAUUUGUUCGACUAUUUUCCUCUUACCGCAUUGGUGGAGUCCGAAAUAUUUUGCCUUCAUGGUGGAUUAUCUCCUUCAAUUGAGACCCUUGAUAAUAUAAGAAAUUUUGAUCGUGUUCAAGAAGUGCCCCACGAGGGGCCAAUGUGUGAUCUUCUUUGGUCAGAUCCCGAUGAUCGGUGUGGUUGGGGUAUCUCACCUCGGGGUGCUGGAUACACAUUUGGCCAAGACAUAUCUGAACAAUUCAACCAUACAAACGGGUUAAAGCUCAUUGCGAGAGCGCACCAGCUGGUUAUGGAGGGAUUCAACUGGGGUCAUGAACAAAAGGUUGUGACAAUCUUUAGUGCACCUAAUUAUUGUUACCGUUGCGGGAAUAUGGCUUCCAUUCUUGAAGUAGAUGAUUGCAAAGGUCACACCUUCAUUCAGUUUGACCCAGCUCCUAGGAGGGGUGAGCCAGAUGUGACGCGUAGGACACCCGACUACUUCCUGUGAGAUGGCGAAUUCAGUCUCUUUUGGACCGGUUUUUGCGCAUCAGACGCAUUGCAGCAUCUUACUAUUACCAAGUAAAAUGGGCAUGUGACAUAAGCCUGGUUUAGGCUUUUUGCAUUUACUAGAGAAAAAGCACAGCAAUUGUUACACACUAAUUUGUAUCAUCUAGCGCUGGUUUUCUGUUGUUUUUUUGUCUGUUGUUGAUACAAACAUGAAGUUGUGGGGUGGGGAUAUAUAGAUGCAAAACAGUUUAAAAUCAUGCUCUCUAAUUGCUACCUCAUGUUUUAUACCUAGAAUUAAUCAUGAAACUAGACAUUUUCUUGGGGUUGUAGUUAUGUGAUGCUUUGCGUACCUUCACCUG